AUGGGGUUGAAAACGGCAACGUUUGGUGGAGAUAGAUUGGAGAAGUUGAGGAAUAGUGGAAUGGUAUCAAGGCCAAGAAUGAAGCUGUGGAUGGUAAGGGCUACGACGUCGGUUUUGCUAUGGACUUGCUUGGUUCAGUUGACAGCACUGGGUGAAACUUGGGGGCCUCGAGUGUUAAAGGGAUGGCCCUCUUGCUUUUCACAAGAAUCGGCCAUGGCCGGCAGGGACGGCGCUGUGGCUGUCGCCUUGGAUGUUAAAUCCUUGCCGGAGCUGCCGGUUAAAGUUUUGCCUCCGAAGAGAGUUUACAAGAACAAUGGCUACCUGAUGGUUUCGUGCAACGGAGGGCUCAACCAAAUGCGGGCAGCGAUAUGUGACAUGGUUGCAAUUGCUAGACAUUUGAACGUUACAUUGAUAGUUCCUGAACUGGAUAAGGCUUCAUUUUGGAACGAUCCGAGUGAGUUCCAAGACAUAUUUGAUGUUGAUCAUUUCAUUACUUCCUUGAGAGACGAAGUGCGGAUAUUAAAGGAGCUACCUCCAAGGGUCAAGAGGAGAGUCGAGCUAGGAAUGAUCUAUAAUAUGCCCCCCAUUAGUUGGUCUGACAUUUCUUACUAUCAGAAUCAGAUUCUUCCCUUAAUUCAGAAAUAUAAAGUUGUACAUUUGAACAGAACCGAUUCUCGGCUUGCCAAUAAUGCUCAACCCAUGGAGAUUCAAAAGCUCCGUUGCCGAGUAAACUUUGGUGCUUUGAGAUUCACUCCUCAAAUAGAAGAAUUGGGUAGAAAAGUCAUCAAAAUACUUAGGCAAAAUGGUCCAUUCAUAGUACUUCAUCUCAGAUACGAAAUGGACAUGUUGGCCUUUUCUGGCUGUACUCAGGGCUGCAACAAGGAGGAGGUUGAAGAAUUAACAAGAAUGAGAUAUGCUUAUCCUUGGUGGAAAGAGAAGAUCAUAAAUUCCGAUUUGAAAAGAAAAGACGGUCUCUGUCCUUUGACGCCAGAGGAAACUGCUCUCACAUUAAGGGCUUUAGACAUUGAUCAUAAUAUCCAGGUUUACAUUGCCGCUGGAGAAAUAUAUGGCGGAAAAAGAAGAAUGGCGAGUCUUAGAGCAGCCUAUCCAAAUGUGGUCAGGAAGGAGACGUUAUUGGAGCCUUCAGACCUUAGAUUUUUUCAGAAUCACUCGUCUCAAAUGGCAGCGCUCGAUUAUCUCGUUUCAUUGGAGAGCGAUAUCUUUGUUCCUACAUAUGAUGGAAAUAUGGCUAAAGUUGUUGAAGGUCAUCGCAGAUAUCUUGGAUACAAGAAAACAAUUUCGUUGGACAGAAGACUUCUAGUCAAUUUAGUAGACCAAUAUAAUUCUGGUUCGCUCACUUGGAACGAGUUCUCUACUGCUGUUAAGGAUGCUCAUGCGGAAUGCAUGGGAAACCCAGCAAAAAGUCGUGUAAAGGAGCUGCCCUCGACUCAAUCAUGGCGAGUAAAGGAGGAUUUUGGUGGUGCACUUUAA